GUUCAGCCUGGUACCCCGAAAGAAGGCUUUCUACUGGUCCCCUAUCGCCCCAACCUGCUCAUCCUUCUCAUUAAAUAUUUCAUGUUCAUCAUCAACUCUGCCUUCUUCACCUUGGGAUUGGUCAUCCUGUGUAUCGGCUUCUGGGGCCUUUCCACCAAGCAGUCCCUGGUGGGCGAAAAAAUCGGAUACCUGGGCACCGACCCCAUGCUGGCGUUCAUACUCGUGGGCCUGGCGACGUGCGCCCUAUCGUUCUCGGGGUGCGUGGGGUUCAUUAGAGAGAACGCUUGCCUCCUCAAGACCUUCAUGGUUGGGAUGGCCGUUGUGAUAGCGGCGCAGAGCUUGGUCGCCGUCGUGGUCCUUUGUUUUCAGCAGCAGAUCCAAGGUUCCUUGAAGAGCACCAUGAUGGUGGCCAUGAGCAGAUACCAUGAUGAUGCCGACCUGAAGUUUAUACUGGAUGAGUUUCAGAUAGCCAUGGAGUGUUGCGGAGUGGAGUCCUACCGGGACUGGUCGGUCAAUCUGUAUUUCAACUGCACGUCCCCCGGAGUGAAUUCCUGCGGCGCUCCCUACUCCUGCUGCAUCGAUCCCCUCCAGAACGGCACGGUCCCCAAUACUCAGUGCGGAUUCGGCGCUCUGGGGAUGGGCGACAUCGCGGCCAGUAGCCUUAUCUACACGGGGGGCUGCGUUCCCCAGCUGGUCCUCUGGAUUCGCCGCAGGAUCUGGGAUAUCGCCGUCAUCUACGGCCUGCUGAUCUCCAUGGAAUUCGCCUGCAUUGUCUUUGGCCAGAAAGUGAUGCAGGAGAUCGAGGUGAUCAAACGUCGUUAUUGA